CGGUGCAUUAUGGGAGUCGCGCGCUUUUGCCGCUUCCGCGAACAUGGCGGCGCCGUAGCCCGGGAGCGGGACCCUGGGGCGCGGGGAGGCUGCGGUGCGCAGUCCGGGCGCGGUAAUGGCGACCCCGGAUCAGAAGUCGCCCAACGUUCUGCUGCAGAACCUGUGCUGCCGGAUCCUGGGCCGCAGCGAAGCUGAUGUUGCCCAGCAGUUCCAGUUUGCUGUGAGAGUCAUUGGCAGCAACUUUGCCCCAACUGUUGAAAGAGACGAAUUUCUAGUAGCUGAAAAAAUCAAGAAAGAACUUAUUCGACAAAGGAGAGAAGCGGAUGCCGCACUGUUUUCCGAACUCCACAGAAAACUUCAUUCACAGGGAGUUUUGAAAAACAAAUGGUCAAUCCUCUACCUCUUGCUGAACCUUAGUGAGGAUCCUCGCAAGCAAGCCAGCAAGGUAACUAGCUAUGCUUCGUUAUUUGCACAAGCAUUACCAAGAGAUGCUCACUCGACGCCUUACUACUAUGCCAGGCCUCAGACCCUCCCCCUGAACUACCAGGACCGCAGCAUACAGGCGCAGAGCACUGGCAGCUUGGGCAGCAGCGGCAUCAGCAGUAUUGGCAUGUGUGGCCUCAGUGGACCCACCCCUGUGCAGCCUUUCCUCCCUGGACAGUCUCAUCAAGCUCCAGGAGUUGGUGAUGGCCCUCGACAGCAGCUGGGGCCUCGUCUUGCAUGGACUAUGACUACAAAUCAACCUUCUUCACAAACCCCUACCUCCAAAGGUUUCCCAAAUGCUUUUUCUCGCAACAUCACCACCCGGUCAAGGAGAGAAGGGGAUCUAAGUGGCACAUUGGAAGUUACUGAAGCAGCUCUUGUGAGAGACAUUCUCUACGUUUUCCAGGGCAUUGAUGGCAAAAACAUCAAAAUGAGCAGCACUGAAAACUGUUACAAAGUGGAAGGGAAGGCGAACUUAAAUAAAUCUCUGAGGGACACAGCAGUCCGGCUUGCUGAGUUGGGAUGGUUACAUAAUAAAAUCAGAAAAUAUGCUGACCAGAGGAGUCUGGACCGCUCAUUUGGACUUGUAGGUCAGAGUUUUUGUGCCGCCUUGCACCAAGAGCUCAAAGAGUACUACAGGCUCCUCUCUGUUCUGCACUCCCAGCUCCAGCUAGAAGAUGAUCAGGGUGUGAAUUUGGGACUAGAGAGUAGCCUCACACUGCGGCGCCUCCUGGUUUGGACAUAUGACCCCAAAAUAAGAUUAAAGACCCUUGCUGCGCUGGUAGAUCACUGCCAAGGGCGGAAAGGGGGUGAGCUAGCCUCUGCUGUCCAUGCCUACACGAAGACAGGAGACCCCUACAUGAAGUCCCUGGUGCAGCACAUUUUGAGCUUAGUCUCCCACCCCAUCCUGAGCUUCCUCUACCGGUGGAUAUACGAUGGAGAGCUGGAGGACACUUACCAUGAAUUUUUUGUGGCAUCAGAUCCAACCGUUAAAACCGACCGACUGUGGCAUGACAAGUACACUCUGAGGAAGUCGAUGAUCCCUUCCUUCAUUACAAUGGACCAGUCCAGGAAGGUCCUUUUGAUAGGAAAGUCAAUAAAUUUCUUACACCAAGUUUGUCAUGAUCAGACGCCUACCACAAAAAUGAUAGCUGUGACCAAGUCUGCAGAGUCACCCUGUGACGCUGCAGAUAUAUUCACAGACUUAGAAAAUGCAUUUCAAGGGAAAAUUGAUGCUGCUUAUUUUGAGACCAGCAAAUAUCUGUUGGAUGUCCUCAAUAAGAAGUACAGUCUGCUGGAGCACAUGCAGGCCAUGCGGCGCUACCUGCUUCUCGGCCAGGGAGACUUUAUACGGCACCUAAUGGAUUUGCUAAAACCAGAACUUGUUCGCCCAGCAACGACUUUAUAUCAGCAUAACUUGACGGGGAUUCUUGAAACUGCUGUAAGAGCCACCAACGCCCAGUUUGAUAGCCCAGAGAUCCUCAGGAGGCUAGAUGUGAGGCUGCUGGAGGUUUCUCCAGGUGACACUGGAUGGGAUGUCUUCAGCCUGGAUUACCAUGUCGAUGGACCGAUUGCCACUGUGUUCACGAGAGAGUGCAUGGGCCACUACCUGAGAGUGUUUAACUUCCUGUGGAGGGCCAAGCGCAUGGAGUACAUCCUCACUGACAUUCGGAAAGGACACAUGUGCAAUGCGAAGCUCCUGAGGAACAUGCCAGAGUUCUCUGGGGUGCUUCACCAGUGCCACAUCCUGGCCUCCGAGAUGGUGCACUUCAUUCAUCAGAUGCAGUACUACAUCACCUUUGAGGUUCUUGAGUGCUCCUGGGAUGAGCUUUGGAACAGAGUGCAACAGGCCCAGGACCUGGACCACAUUAUCGCAGCACACGAGGCAUUCCUGGACACCAUCACCUCACGCUGUCUCCUCGACAGCAACUCCAGGGUACUUUUGAAUCAGCUCAGAGCUGUGUUUGAUCAAAUCCUUGAACUUCAGAAUGCCCAAGAUGCGAUGUACAGAGCCGCACUGGAAGAGUUACAGAGACGGCUGCAGUUUGAAGAGAGGAAGAAACAGCGUGAAGUUGAGGGCCAAUGGGGAGUGACAGCGGCAGAGGAAGAGGAGGAGAACAGGAGGAUCCGAGAAUUCCAGGACUCCAUACCAAAAAUGUGUUCACAGUUGCGGAUAUUGACACACUUUUACCAGGGUGUUGUGCAGCAGUUUCUGGUGCUGCUGAUGACCAGCUCUGAUGAAAGUCUCCGCUUUCUCAGCUUCAGGUUGGACUUCAAUGAGCAUUACAAAGCCAGAGAGCCCAGGCUCCGGGUUUCUCUGGGCAGUAGGGGCCGGCGCAGUUCCCACACGUGAGGCUGUCUGAGGUUAGGAGAAGCCCACACAAGCCAGACCGUCCAGGCAGCUGGGUGCCUCGCACAGGCCACAGUGUUUCGGCACUGUGUCUGCCGAAGUCUCGUUCUGCACCUGACCUGAGUGUCUGUGAUGUCACCCAGUUCAGGAGGCCACUCACCGACAAUGUAGUCUUCAUAGUUGGAAGACGCUGUGAUGUGUUGGAACAUCUAAUUUCCACCAUGUAAUUUAUAUUUGUCAGUUAAAAAAAGACAAAAAACCCCCCACCACCAACAAACUGUUUCUUGCCACAGAAAACUAAGGCAGUGGUGUGUUCAUAAAUUGAGAGAAUGUCACUGCUACUUUUUAGCAUCCUCCGUAGAGACAGUUUUUGUUAUCAUGAUGACGCUAAAUUGAAACAUGUCUCUAGGAAAAUACAUAGAGUAUUGGUGUUAGUGUUGAAAACACGAGCCUGGUGCGGACAUCGCUACCCAGGCAUCGCCGUCACACUCGUUCUUACUUUCUCUUCCAAGGUUUACAUUUUUAUAUUUAGUUUGCUAAUUCAAAUAAUGUGUAAAGAGUGCAAACAAGCAGGGGCCAUGGAGGGCGGAGGUGUCGCUAGCCCAGCUGUGCAGACCACACUGGGCAGUGCACAUGCGAACGAGGCAAGGCCAAGACUGUUCUAUUUUCAGAGUUCUGAUAAGUGUUGGAAAGAAAUCAACUUGGGUACUGGAGGCUUCCCUUCUUGCCUAUUUUUUCAUUGUAAAUAUUUAUAUAUUACCAACCAGAUGACGGAGGGAACUGGUUUUUGUAAAAAUGUCCUAUUGGUCACAUAAUUAUGCCUUUUUUUAUGUUGCAUAAGUGAGAACUUAGAGAAUUAAAGACCAUUAUCUUUCA